AUGCUCAUCCCAUGUAUUGCGGUGGUUCAGUGGAUUAUGCAUUAUUGGAUUAUUAAUAAGAGACGAUCUUAGAAACUCCCGAGUGGCCCCUAUCGGGGCAACCUUAGGAUCUCUUCUAAAAACCUUUUUACCAAGCCCACAUAGAGGCUACUCAAGCUUGCAAAAAGUGGUGGUCAGACCCCACUCCCCCUAUAAGUAGACGUCCCUAUAGAGGUCCCUUAUGAAACCCCGUACAGGGACCCCUCCACAGUUUCUCAGCUCAACAAUCGUACACACUGACGGAACAUUUUCACCUUGUAUCUAAUUCCGGUAAAUGCGCCAUUUAUAAGGGGGCUUAUACUUAUGGCGCACUGUAGGCUUGUUUCUAUUCUGAAUAAAAGUUUAUUAUGAUUUCUAGUUGGAGGAAAUAAGGGACGCGGAACAUGCGUGCCGCCUGAAGAACAAGGUAUGUUGUAUUCACGGCAUCGAAUGAAAUCAUUCAAAUAUUUUUUUUUCAGAAAGUUUCCGAGAGGGUCAGCAAAAAAAUUAAAAAAUGGGCGGACGUAAGUUUAUUCACUUCAGCAAUAUUAUAUGAUUUGGUCGAAAAAUUUUUUAAGCUUCUUUCUGUACCUGCAACCAUUCCUUCUAAACUUUUAUUAUUUGUAGGCCUGAAUACUUGUUUCUUUCAUUUUUUCGGAGUUAAAAUCACCAAUUUCGGUUUUUUUUUCAGCAUAUGCUUUUCGUCCAUAACGUUAUAAAGCAAUACAAUGAUGCCAAGGAAAUCCUUGAAACGUUCAUUGAAACGGUUUGUGACACGUUUUGCGGAAAAUAAACUUGAAGUCUCAUUUACAGAGUGAAGAGAACGAACUUUUUUCUCAGACUAAGGUAAUUUUCUUUGAAAGAAAAACGGUUAUAAGAAAUAAAAAAAUGUUUUUGGAAUAGGACAUCGUUUCAAAGAAAAUGUCUUUCGAAAAAUAUUUCAUUGGUUAGUUUUUUCUUAAUUUUUAAACACGCUGUCUCUGUAAUUCUCAAAAAUUUCUCAAAAACAGCGGGUACAGAAAAAAAAAAUGUUUUGAUUCCAAUGAAGUUUCAACCAGUGUUAUCAUAUGACGUCAGGAUUGCGGACACGAUUUUUUGAACCAUUUCCUCCAACCAUAAUCGUGUUACGGUAGGCAGGUGGUUUGAGAGGUAACUUUAACGGCAAACAACUAUUGUGAGUAGGGUGACCAUAAAACCGAAAUCGCGAACACAAAAAACACCGUAUCUCGAAAAAUUCUACAGUAACCCAAGAUGAGAUUUAUUGGAAAAAUUUCUAAAAUUGCAUUACCUAUCGACUGGUAUACGAUUUGCCUAGAGAAAAUUCGUCAAGUCUUCGAUACGCAGGUGACAUCCUGCCUACCGUAACCCGUUUAUGGUUAGAGGAAAUGGCUCCAAAAUCGUGUCCGCGAUCCUGACGUCAUAUGAUAUCACUGUUUUUUAUUUCAUUGAAAUCAAAACAUAAUUUUUUUGUACUUCUUGAUUUUAAGAAUUCACGGCGUUUUUUCUGGACUCCACUCUCAUAUUUUUUCUACAAAGUUUAGUGGGUCGUGUGCAUACACUGCGGCUCUCUGGCACACGCUGCGUUCAACGUACUCAAAAGAAAUACGGCAGACCAGCGCGCAUGUCAAAAAACAAACGGCAGGUCAGCGCGGACGCCUCAAUUUAAAGAGAAUGGCAAACUUGGGGUGACCAGACUCGUACUCGUCAAUGAGGCGUAGUUUUUCGAAAUAUUUAAUUUUUUUUUUGAACAAACUUUUAAAACAUUUUUCAAUUUUCCCAGUUAUUAAAAAAAGAUCUCCUGAAAUUUUGAGCAAAAAUGACCGAUUGAAACACUAGGUAGCGCUCUUUCCGCGUUAUAUGUGGGUCUUAACACGAUUUACGCUGAAGUUUCUUUGGAGUCUACCGGAUUGCAUCAAAAUGAGCUCAGUACAAAAUUUCAAACCUUUUGCCACGAGAAACUAUCAAUUAGGAUAUCGAAAAAGUCCAGAAAUACGAGAUUAUGAACAAAUUCUCCCUUUUGUUCUAAGAGUUUCAAGUGAAUUUUGAAACAAUUUUUUGACCUUCCCAUCUCUGCAAGAUCCAAAAAUUACAUGAGAGAAGUUUCAUUCAGAAAAACGAACACUGGAAUUUCUCAGGCCGGGAAAUGCACCUCGAAGUGGAGAAUUUUGAAAAAAAACGAAAAAAUUUCAUAUUUUUUUUCACAGGCAAAAUGCAUUUUUUCAGUGAUAUGCGCAUAAGAAACGUUUUAAGAAAAAAAUACCUUUCACUUUCGAAAAAAAGAAAAACUGAGUUUAUGAAUUUUUUUCAUUUUUCACUCGAUUUUGAGGUCGCCAGCUUCGGCGCUUCGAUGGUCAACUGCACCACUUAAAACUUGAAGACGGGAAUUUUUUUCUGAACUAAACAAGACCUGAUUGAUCAUUUUAUCAAAUAAAAUUUCUAGGGUCCUCUACUCAGCAGAGCUGAAAAACGGAAAAGCUGGGUGAAAAAUAAAAAAGUCCAAAAAUCGAAAAUUUGAAAAUUAAAAUUUUUCAAGUUUUCGCUUUAUACUUUCUACUGUCCUAAGUUGAAAACAAGUUGGUUUUAGUACAUCAAGAACAAAAACUCAACUGAAAUCAAACUCUCAAUGAAUUUAUGGAUUUUUGAAGUUUUGGCCGAUUUCAAGUUGGACGCGUUCUUUGAGAUGGUGAUGUACUACGACACUCAAAACUUGAAUAUAGGGAUAUUUUUUUCGAACACCCAAGACCUCAAUACGUCGAUUAAAAAAAAUAAAAAUCAAGGCCAUCGGGGGUCCCCGUUUUAGUAGAGCUCAAAAACUUCGAAAAUCGUCAAUUAUCCACUUUCAGUGAUUUUUUUCCACAAGAAGAAAAAUUUUUUCAGAGUAGUUUCCAACAUGAAAAAUGUUCCAAAUGACGUGUUCUUUGCGUUACAGUUGGUUUGAACCGAUUUGCUGGACCAGGAAAAAAGUUAGCUUUUUACGGUAUUUUCUCUACCAUAACCCUGAAAGUGAGCGGAGCCUGUCGAAACCGGGUGUCAUGUGUUAAAAAAGUUGCAUAGUAUAUGUGACAUGAAUUUCAGCUCGAAAAAACAAACUUGAAACUUCUUGUGCCAAAGUAUAUUCGAAAAUCUCAGAGAACGUGUGUUAAUUAGAAAUAGAUUUGUUUUGUGACCCAUUGAUGUGCCUUUAAUAUUAUCUGUUUCUUACGCCUUUUUUCCAUAAAGACACAUGGGAACGGCGGAGAUUCCGACCACGCCCCAUUAAAUUUUGGUUUUGCAUUUUUUUUUCCACUGACAAAAACGCCGUGAAUAACAGAGAAAGCGUGUUGAACCUGCAGUGAAGAGUCAAUUAUGAGGUAUAGUAGUAUUGGUUACAAACUUGAAACUACAGUAGUUUGCCGAAGAUUUCGAAGAUAGUGAAAAUGGGGAUUUCAGGUUGAUGCCUCCGACGCUAUAAGGAAGACCGAAAUCUGUGAGAUGGCCUGGCGGGAGUUUGUUGUCGAAAAGAAAAUAUUGGGAGAGAGCUUCUUUAAAAACUAUGAGAGAGUUAUUAGAAAAAUAAUUUUUUUUUAAAUAGCUUUUAACUUUCAGUAUUGCCCGAAAAGCGACCAAAAAGUCUUCGAAGAACUGAGGGUAAGUCUACUCCAUGAGCUUUUCAAUUCUAGUCGAAUCAGAAACCUUUUUUUUCGACGUAUAAAUUCGACGUAUUUUUCGACGUGAAAAGUGGGACGGUUUUCCAAAAAUAUCUAGAAAAUGACUGCUUUUCUCUCAAGUUUCGAAGGCUAAGCUCCCAUGUUUUGAACAUAGAACUUUUUAGAACUUUUGAAAACUUUUUGAACCAGCCGGGCUGGCCUGUUGCAACGCGGUCGAAAAUUUGCCACUUUUCGAACAUUUUUGUCUUGAAGUUUUCACAGUGAGUAAAUGGGGAAGUGAGUGAUCGAAAAUUUGUUUUUUAGGAAAGUUAUGUGAUGUAAUUUAUGGAAUGAGGUAAAAAAACUUUGCUAUUGCUAGAGACCGUUAAGCCACGCUCCUUUUCGCAAUGGUGAAAUGCACUGGUUUUUUCAGAUUUUGUGUUUGAUGUUUCCGUAAGCGCGCAGUACUGAACUGAAAACGGGGAAAAUUGGCGGAACUAUCAAACAAAAAAAAAGAAAACGUUCCUUCACAAUCUCAUACACUGCGUUCAAUAAGGAUAGGACCCCCCUUGAUUUUGGACUUUCCGGCAGAAUACGAAAAGAUAUGAAAAAGCUGUAAGUGCCAUUCGAUUCAGAGUACAAAAUAACCCCCAGAGGCAAACUUUCAUUAUCCUAGCACUUUUCCUACGAAAAUUCCAUCGAAAAAACGAGUUUUCGACCGUUAAAGAAUGAUAGGACCACCUGGAAAUUUUGACUUUCAUUGGUCGUUUUUUGGUCAAUUUCUUUUCUUGAUGAGUGGUUUUUUUGUUCUCAUAUUAUUUGUUUCCAAGUUUUCUACUGUUUUCCUUUCAUAUAUUCCAGGUUCAAAAAUAUUUUAUAUCGAAAAUAGGGAAAACUUUUCUUUCUGCAUGUAGUCGGAAUGGCGAUGUACUUUUUUUUUGAGAAUUCGCGAAGGUGCUAUGAACAUAAUUCAUCAACAAGAAAUCUAAAAAAAAUUUAUUUACUACGUACAAUGCCGAGAAAAGGUGAAGUCGAGGGGGUCCUAUCCUUAUUGAACGCAGUGUAUACUUUUACUCGAUUUUCGAAGCGUAGCGGCAGAGUGUCGUAAAAAAAAACGGAAACGGCUUUUUUGAUUCGAAAUUUUAACUUAGUUUCAAGUCGAAUGCGCAGUUUUUCAUUUUAUUUUCUAGGUGCGAAAUAAUAUUUUGAGAUAAAAAACUUAAAAUUCCUGCGUAGCCUAAUCUUGUGAGGUCGCGCAAAGUUGAAAAAAACUUAUACAAAUUCCAGGGCAUGUUAGUGAAAUCUUUCAUUUUGAACUCACAGAAAAAAUACUUAUUUACUUUGAUACUUUGAUGGUUCGUCUUCGCUGAUGAUCUUCUUACUAUGGCCGAGUUUUCCCCCUAGUCAGCGCGAACAACACGUCCUCCAUGCGUCCCGGUCUCUGGCGACGGUCAUCCAGUGGCGUCCAUGACGGCUGUUGUUCUUCUUGAAUUGGUCUGCCCAUCGGGUUGCUGGUCGUUCACGGGUGCGCCUCGCGUUUCUGGGAAUCCAAGACGUUACUCUUGUGCUUCAACGGUCGUCGGUUCUUCUGAUAACGAGUCCUGCCCAUCGGUGUUUUCCGCGGCUGAUAUGCUUCUCGAGAUCUCUGAUUUCAGAUAUUUGCCGAAGGUCUGUGCUUCUCUGGUUUUGUUUCCAUUGUGGGUAGCGGGUGGUGCCGAGAAAAGCUCUUUUCAGUGCGCGGUAUGCAGUUCUCAGGGCGGCGGCGGUCUUCUUGGUGUCUGGCCAAUCUUCGGAACCGUAGGACAGGGCGGGGAUGACUGAUACUUCGAAAAUGUGAGCACGGAUCUUUGGGUCCUUGAUUUGACUCGUGACUUCCCGGAUGUUGUUCAAGGCUGCCCAACAUGCUCUUCUGCGUCUUCCGAAUUCAGUCGUCAGGACGUUAAAUACGUUGACUUCUUUUCCGAGGUAGACGUAGGAGUCGACUUUGUAAGUUAUCGCCUUCGAGUGUCACGGGGCAUUAAUCUCGACGCUGUCGAACGCUUUUUUGUAACCGACUUUCCGUGUAAUUUCUUCACUCGAAGUGGUAGCUCUCUCAAUCGGCCGAGGCUACCCUAGAGUGUACACUGCUUCCGUGCCCGAGCCCCACCAUCUCCGCCGUGCCCGUACCCGCGAAACUGAGGGAUCUCCUCGUGGAAGAGCGAGGAGAAGGACCGUAAAACCAUUCUUUCAAAUCAAUCGGCUACACGUUUUGACUUCUUUUUCGCCAAAGGCGGUGUUAGUGCCGCUCAAAAGAGCAAUUUUUUCACCGCCUAGUCGAUUCUGACUAAAACAACCAAUAAAUAUUGAUUAUUGAUGACGAAGUCUAUUUUAAGAGGGAGUUUGUAUUCCCGAAGUAGUUCCACCACUUGCGUCAAGGUGUGAAUGUGGUCUAUGCAACAGAAGUUCCGGCAGAAUCCGACUUGCGAGACCGGUUGGAAGUCGUCGAGCUUUUUCUCCAGUCGGUUUAGUAUCUUCAGGAUUAUAAUUGUUUUUGAUACCUUUCAUUGUACCGCGAUUGAAACUUCCUUCAGUAUGCAGAGAAGUGCUUGGCGAAGAGGUUGUUCAGGGCGUCUACUCCUGACUUCAGCAGAGGUGGUGAUGUCCGUUCCUCCUCGCUGGUGCCACUGGAUAUUUCCACUUCUGGGUAAAUCAUUCGCGGACACCUCUAAUAGCCCUGACAAGGCGUUCGGAGUAACUUCAUAUGUACACGACCACCACUGCCACAGAAAAAAUGCUAACUAAAAUUUCAUUAAAACAAAUCUCAUUUUUCCGGUCGAAUGCACUUAUGUUUAUUUUUAAAUUAUAAUAUUCAUUCGAUUUUCAAUCAAUUAAAAAAAUAAAAUGAAAAUGUUUGCGUAGCCUAGAAGUUUAUUGAUCUAUAGUUAGGGACCGCAGACGAAUUUUCAAAAAAAUUUUUUCAGCAUUGAGCUUUGUAUGGUUUGAUAGCUGUUUUGAUUCAAAACUCAGAACCGUUUAGUUUUUCGAAAAAGAUUGAGGAUGAAAAAAGUUAUGACGAAAAAAAUAUGGCGCGCCGCGCACCAUUUUUCAGUACUGAAAUUUUUGGUAUUAUCCAUUUUUGACAUUUUUUUCUCGAUUUUUUUCUUCUAGAACAAGUUUUUGAUACUGGUCUAUUAUGAUGUAACAAAUCAUAAUAGAGUGCUAAAAUGAUGCUCAUCAGCUAGUUUGCCGAAAAAGUCGGUAUUUUUCCAGAAAACAAAAACUGACGCUUGCGGGCAUCGAACUCGCGACCUCAAAAUGAAAGUUCGCAGCGCACGCGCUGCGCUAAGCUGUUAGGUCUAGCGAAGGGAGUUUCCAUCCGCCAUACCCUUGAGCCGUUUGAAUAGCACAGAUUGCCUAUUUCAAAAAGAAAAAAACUUGAAGUAAUUUAGCUAUUUUUUUAUCAGAAUAUGUUCGCAAAUCUCUACUCAAACUUUUUCGUAGAAAUUUACUUCGAAAAAAACUGUUUUUUUAGUGCUUUUUGCCUCGUUUAACGAUCGCAGCAAUAAAACGGCCCCGUAAAUUUUUGGCGAAAACGAAUUUUUUUAUUUUUAUUCUUUUUAAUUGAAAGAUUUUUCACUAAUAAAUGUAUAUAAUCGUUUUAAAAACCUGCGUUCGACCGCUUUCUGUGUGAUAAACGCCGCUAAUUUUUAUUAUCUAGUUUCAAGAGCAUUUUUUGUGUAUUAAACAACUUUUUCAAGCACAGAUGCUGUAGAGAAAAAUUUAAGUAAGCACAUGGUCUAAAUUUUUGAAAAAAACAAAAACUCGAUUAUAUUCGCUUAUUAACGAUAUUUCGAAUUAUGACUUUCGGCACUCCCUAAAAAUGUUUGGCAAAGACGAAUUUUUUUAUUUUUAUUGUUUUAAAAUUACCGUUACUUGAAUCAAAAAUCAUUAUAUAAAAGAAAAAGUGCGUUCGACCUGAAAACACAUAAAAAAAGCAAAAAAAUGACAAAAAUUUUUUAGUUCCAUUCACGUUUUUUUGUACGACAUUCCGCGAGAACGCAUCAAAAAGCGUGAAAAAUUUUUUUAAACGAAAGAGGAAGCUUUUUCUGUACAAGUGUGUCAAAUUUUAUUAGCCAGUUCCACAUAUUUUGCAACUACAACAAAAUGAAAGUUGAAAACCAAAAAGCCACUUUUUCUAUCGCGAAAAGGGGCGUGGCUUUGCGGUCCCUAUCUAUAGUUUGAAACUAAAAUUGAAAAGAACGAAAAACGCCAAAAAGACGGUAUUUUGAUCUUAAUCUCUAGGAAUAACUUCUUUUGGGAUUGCACAAGCAUAUUCGAGAAGAAAAAGAAAAAGAAAAGCCUCCUCUCUUCGAGAGGUGUAGGGGUAGCAGCGCACACGCGUUGUAAUACAAUUUUGGGGUCGCGAGUUCGAUGCCCGCAGUGGUCAUUUUUUAGUUUUUGAUGAGAAAAUUACUUUUUUUUUUAACCUUAGGGUUAGAUUACAUUUGAUUUUUGACUAUUCAUAACUUUCAAAAAUCAGAUUCAGCCGUUGAAAAUUAUCAUUUCAAAAGAAUAAUUCAAAAACGACCCAAAGUGAAAAAAAUCUAAUCUUUCAGCACUAAAUUGUUUUUUUCCAUUACUAUUUUGGCGCUAACUUUUUUUGAUUUCCAACUUUUUCAAAAAAAUUAAAUUGUAUUGAAUAGGAAACUGAAGCAGCAACCACUGCCAUUUAGAAACUCAAAAAAACUUUUUCAAACUUUUGCUGCGGUCCCUAGCUAUUGCGACGAUUCUGGGCCGAUUCGGCCAUCAACAUUGGCCCAACGCACAGCUCUGACUUAGCCCUUUUUUCGCCACUUUAAGUAUCCAUAAAAAGCCGAGUUAUCUUUUUCCAAUUUUUCCUUUGUCGCAGGCUGGAAAAGACCUUUCAAACUUUGUUCAAAACCUUUGAAAAGCGUUUUUUUUUCCAGAUCAGACAGGACUUAUUGGAGGUGAUUGUUAAAAAAGUGUUGCCCGUUUUGAAAAUCGUCGUCAAGAUCAGUUAUUCUGGUGAGAAUAUUUUAGAGGAUUUUCCAAUAUCUCAAUUGCUCAGAAGAACGUGCCACAUAUACAAGUUAUGAGGUGAUGGAGGCCCUAGUGGAAGGUUUGGAUUCCCUUUUCUUUCAGAUAUUAUAGAAUUUGAGGGAGUGAAAAAUGGGUUUGGAGAAAAAUAAGUCAUUUUGUAGAGCUCUUUAUAGCUUCUCGGACGGUAUAUUUGAAAACGUGCAGAACUUCCUAGUUUCGGAGAAACAAUUAUUCCCUUCAAGUACCACCUCUACGCGGUGAUGGGGAGGCAACGCCAUUUAUGGCGGCUAACAGUACACCGGUCACGCAAUUCGGCUUGCUUCUGCUAA